GUGCAUAAAUACACUGCGAAUAGCCUCAUAUAGACAGAUAGCAAGCCUUUCUUGUCUAGGGCUCCUGCUAAAAUGCGUCUCUCACAGCGGGCAUCUACUCAAAGCGGCAUCAGCCGUCGCUCCACCGCGAGCAUCAGGGCGCAGGCUGUGUGGAGCUUCUCUGAAGACGGAUGUUGCUAAAAUUGCGGUACUUGGAGCCUCAGGCUACACUGGGGCCGAGGUAGUGCGGCUUACCGCGCUACACCCGAACAUCAGGGUUACCGUGCUGACCGGCGACAAGCAGGCCGGCAAGAACUUCUCGGACGUGUUCCCGCACCUCAUCACCGCCACCAAUGUACCCAAGCUGGUUAAGAUUGAUGACGUGGACUUUGGGGACGUGGACGCCGCCUUCUGCUGCCUGCCGCACGCCACCACGCAGGAGAUCAUCAAGAAGCUGCCCUCCUCGCUCAAGGUGGUGGACCUGUCCGCGGACUUCCGGCUGCGGGACCCGGAGGUGUACGCGGAGUGGUACGGCCACGCCCACGCCGCCGUGGAUCUGCAGAAGGAGGCUGUGUACGGGCUGACGGAGGUGUACCGGGAGCAGGUGAAGGGCGCGCGGCUGCUGGCCAACCCCGGCUGCUACCCCACCUGCUCGCAGCUGCCGCUCUACCCGCUGGUCAAGGCCGGUCUGGUGUUGCCGGAGGACAUCCUCAUUGACGCCAAGUCGGGUGUGUCCGGCGCGGGCCGCAGCGCCAAGGAGUCCAACCUGUACUGCGAGAUCGCGGAGGGCAUCAACAGCUACUCGGUGGGCUCGCACCGGCACAUGCCGGAGAUCGAGCAGGGGCUGAGCGAGGCGGCGGGGCAGCCGGUGCGCGUGUCCUUCACGCCACACCUCAUCAACAUGAGCAGGGGCAUGCAGUGCACCAUGUACGUCAAGACCGCCCCGGGGGUCACUGCUGACGACCUGCGCGCGCACCUGGCCUCCACCUACGCCUCCGAGCCCUUUGUCCGCGUGCUGGCCAAGGGCGUGGUGCCGCACACGCGUCACGUGCGCGGCAGCAACUUCUGCCUCAUGAACGUCUUCCCCGACCGCCUGCCGGGCCGUGCCGUGGUGAUCUCCGUGAUUGACAACCUGGUCAAGGGCGCAAGCGGGCAGGGGCUGCAGAACCUGAACCUCAUGAUGGGCUGGGAGGAGACCACUGCGCUGUCGCAGCUGGCCAUGUUCCCUUAAGGGGCGGGGACUUGGCGGCGUUGGGGCCAUGUUUCCUUUCUUGGGGAGAAGGGCAGCUGCGAGGGAUGUGUGAGGGGAAGGUGAUAUGAAGCGGGCUUGGGGCGCGGGGGUCGUAGGGGACGUGAUAUACGGGACCGUGCAGUGGAGGGGGCGCUUGCUAGGGGUCGGACAGGAGGAAAGGCGGGAGGGGUACCGUAGGUAGUUGCGGUUGUACGGCAGUGGGCGUCGGAGUGCUCGGGGAUACCGUAUCCAGCUAGGCUGUGGUGGAGAGUCGGAGAUUUGGAUGGCUCUGGUAGGAGGUAUGUCAGCCAGCAAGUUGACAAUUGAAGAGAGGCGUUGGAUGUUCGAAGGAUAGGAGGGUUGUCCAUCUCUUGGGGACGGGCGGCAAGCUUCCCGACAGGGAGGGACCAUCGGGCAGAUAUCGAACAUGAAGUACGGUAUAUGGUCGAUUUCUGCAGGACGAUAAUAAUGCAGGUUUCCGGGUUUUGUCACUCUGGCACUGCUGCGUUGCGGGACAUGCGUUGCGUUCAUACCUUUGGUGCUUUUGAGCCGCCCCAAAGCCCCUGGUGCAACAGCCAGGGCGGGGAGGCUGCUUGGAGGCUGCCUUCAUGAGGCGCUCCGUGUUGUUCAAUGGUACCUGUACAUGGCCUUUGGGAGGCCUACCUUUCGGGUCUGAUUUCUGGGGUCUGAUUGAUUUCGGGUUGCCAGACGCUCGGAUUGUCUCAGGAUGCUGCGGCUGCGGCUGCUGGCAUUGUUCAGAUGAAGCGAGUAGUAGGGCGGUAUCCUGCUGACAUACGCCGAGGUCAGCCAUGGCCUCAGUUUUCGCCUGGAGGAGGCCCUGUUGUCUGACAGAGGCAGGGGCGCUCUAUGGUUUUGCCUGAGAGGGCGGUUAGAGGUGGCAUAAUACCGGCAAUAAGAAGCUUCUGGAUGUUGCUUAAUAGGUGCAUCAUGCGCGGUAUCUCUUGCAUAUGAGGAGACAAUAUCCAUUUGGGGAUCGAUUUUUUUGUUUGUGUACCUUGGGCUCAUGUGUAUCAUGGGCCUGCCCAUGCCCCUUCCCGCGUGGCUGGGAAGUGUGGUGCAAAGGAAGGUCCUACGGGGAUAACAGGAAUUU